AUUCCUGACCGGCAAUAGCUUUAGCGCUGGAGGGCAGAGUGUGUGCCAUAGCUAGCUACCUCCAUUAAGUCUAGAAACUAUGGCUAAUUGUUUCUAUAGAUUUGCAUCAUGUAUGAAUCCGUAAUUCUACGAAUCAUCCCCCUAGAGAAUCUCCCGAACCUAGUCAGUGCAAUAUUGAAGGGCGCCAACGUCAAACGGUCCAACAAACUACAUCUUGGUCUGCUUAGACUUAUUCCACAGAAAUUGACUGCAGUGGGCAAGCAUCUACCCCCUCAACUUUUGAAGGACAUUUUUGUGCAACUUUAGGGGCGUCUCCCUGACGAUGGAUAUUGUGAUAGAGCCCUAACACAAUAUCUUCUUGGCUUGCGGAGAAGAGCAUAGAUAUGGGUUCUG